ACGUCUUGUUAAGGAAAUACAACUUAAGGUUCAUUGAAACCAAAGCCACCCGACGUGGAAGCAGUACUCUCUGUGAGGAGAAAAAUAAAUCGCAUUUUGGAAAAAAUUGUCUGAGAGACAGAAACCACGAAACGGAAUGGCCUCGGCUAACACUUCCUGGUCUGAAGAGAACUUUUCAUGUCCCAUCUGUCUGGAUGUGUUCAGCAGCCCGGUUACCACACCCUGUGGACACAACUUCUGCAGAACCUGUAUUACAAAGUUCUGGGAUGAACAAGUCCGGUACAAAUGUCCUGUUUGCAACAAGAUUUUCAACACAAGACCUGAACUACAGGUGAAUAUCCUCUUAUCAGAGCUGGCCUCUCAGUUUAGAACAUUCCUACGAGUAAAAGAGCAGCAUUGUGUGGAAACAGGACAAGUUCCCUGUGACGUCUGUACUGGGACCAAGCUGAAGGCUGUGAAGUCCUGCCUAGUGUGUCUUAUCUCUUACUGCCAAACCCACCUGGAGCCACAUCAGAGAGUCGCAGUCCUGAAGAAACAUCGGCUGGUCGAGCCUAUGGACCGUCUGGAAGAAAGGAUGUGUAAGAAACACGACCGACUUCUGGAGCUCUUCUGCCAGACUGAACAGGUGUGUGUGUGUCAGUCCUGCACAGAGACAGACCACAAGUCCCAUCCUGUUGUACCUCUAAAGGAGGAAUAUGAAGUGAAGACGGCCCAGCUGGGGAAGAUAGAGGCUGAAGUUCAUCAGAUGAUCCAGGAGAGAAAAAUAAAGAUUAAAGAGAUCAAAGACACAGUAGAAAUUAGCAAGAAAGACGCAGACAGAGAGAUAGCCGAUGAUGUGCAGGUCCUCACUGCUCUGAUGCGCCACAUUGAAAAGUGCCGGGAUGAACUCUAUCGAACAGUUAGAGAGAAACAUAAAACCACGGAGAAACAAGCUGAGGGCCUCAUCAAAGAGAUUGAAAAUGAAAUAAAAGAUCUGACCAAUAGAAGCUCAGAGAUGAAUCAGCUCUCACACACUGAAGACCACCUCCACUUCCUCCAGGCCUUCAGAUCCCUGAAGGAUCCUCCACCCACCAGGGACUGGACCACGGUGGAGGUCCGUCCUCCGUCAUACGUAGGGACCUUGAGGAGAUCCCUGGAUCAGCUGGAGGAGACACUGAACAUGGAGAUGAAGAAGCUGCGUGAUGGUGAACUGAAGAGGGUCCAGCAGUAUGAAGUAGAUGUGACUCUGGAUCCUGAUACAGCUCAUCCCAAGCUCACCCUCUCUGACGAUGGGAAACAAGUACAUGAUGGAGAUGUAGCGAAGGCCCUCCCAGACAACCCUAAGAGAUUUACUGAUUAUAAAUAUGUUCUCACGAGGCAGAGCUUCUCCUCAGGGAGAUUUUACUUUGAGGUCCAGGUUAAAGACAAAACUGCAUGGUAUGUAGGAGUGGCCAGAGAGUCCAUCGACAGAAAAUGUCAGACCAUGUGGACCCCUGAGACGGGUUACUGGAUUAUUUUCUACUACAAGGAUGGGUUGGUAUUCACUGGAAACCCUUCUGUCCGUCUCCCUCUGAGAGCUGGGCUCCAGAAGGUGGGGGUGUUUGUUGAUUAUGAUGAGGGUCUGGUCUCCUUCUAUGAUGUGGAAGCCAGGGUUCAUAUCUACUCUGCUACUGGCUGCACCUUCAGUGAGCCUCUCUAUCCAUUCCUUUGCCCAUGCAACAAUGAUUAUAAAGGUAACAACUCUGCCCCUAUGAUCAUCUCACCUGUCAACCAAAGAAUGGCCCGUGCCAACGCUUCCUGGUCUGAAGAGAACUUUUCAUGUUCGAUCUGUCUGGAUGUGUUCAACAGUCCAGUUUCCACACCAUGUGGACACAACUUCUGCAGAACCUGUAUUACAAAGUUCUGGGAUGAACAAGUCAAGUACAAAUGUCCCGUUUGCAACAAGCUUUUCGACACAAGACCUGAUCUACAGGUCAAUACCCUCUUUUCAGAGAUGGUUGAUCGAUUUGGAACGUCCGUACGAGUAAAAGAGCAGCCUUGUGUUGAACCAGCUGAAGUUCCCUGUGACGUCUGUACUGGGACCCAGCUGAAGGCUGUGAAGUCCUGCCUAGUGUGUUUUAUGUCUUUCUGCCAAACCCACCUGGAGCCACAUGAGAGAGUUGCAGUCCUGAAGAAACAUCGGCUGGUCGAGCCUAUGGACCGUCUGGAAGACAGGAUGUGUAAGAAACACAAUCAACUUCUGGAGCUCUUCUGCCAGACCGAACAGGUGUGUGUGUGUCAGUUCUGCAUAUAGGGUGACCACAGGUCCCAUCCUGUUGUACCUCUAAAGGAGGAAUAUGAAGUGAAGACGGCCCAGCUGGGGAAGAUAGAGGCUGAAGUCCAGCAGAUGAUCCAGGAGAGACUAAAUAAUAUUCAGGAGAUUAAAGACACAGUUAACCGCAGCAAAGCAGAUGCAGACAGAGAGAUAGCCGAUGGUGUGAAGAUCCUCACUGCUCUGAAGCGCUGCAUUGAAAAGUACCAGGAUGACCUCAACCAAAUGGUUAAAGAGAAACUGAAAUCCACAGAGAAACAAGCUGAAGACCUCAUCAAAGAGCUGCAGCAGGAAAUAGAAGAUCUGACCAAUAGAAGCUCAGAGGUGAAGCAGCUCUCACACACUGAAGACCACCUCCACUUCCUCCAGGCCUUCAGAUCCCUGAAGGAUCCUCCACCCACCAGGGACUGGACCACGGUGGAGGUCCGUCCUCCGUCAUACGUAGGGACCUUGAGGAGAUCCCUGGAUCAGCUGGAGGAGACACUGAACAUGGAGAUGAAGAAGCUGCGUGAUGCUGAACUGGAGAGGGUCCAGCAGUAUGAAGUAGAUGUGACUCUGGAUCCUGAUACAGCUCAUCCCUGUCUCAUCCUGUCUGAGGAUGGGAAACAAGUACAUGAUGGAGGUGUGAGGAAGGAACGCCCAGACAACCCUAAGAGAUUUAUACAGGGUCUACGUGUUCUCACGAGGCAGAGCUUCUCCUCAGGGAGAUUUUACUUUGAGGUCCAGGUUAAAGACAAGACUGCGUGGUAUGUAGGAGUGGCCAGAGAGUCCAUCAACAGAAAAGAUCGGAUCAUAGCGUCCCUUGAGACGGGUUACUGGACUCUUUACUUCAACAAGGAUGCGUUGGUGUUUAAAGAUAACCCUGAUGUCCGUCUCCCUCUGAGAGCUGAGCUCCAGAAGGUGGGGGUGUUUCUUGAUUAUGAUGAGGGUCUGGUCUCUUUCUAUGAUGUGGAAGCCAGGGUUCAUAUCUACUCUGCUACUGCCUUCAGCUUUAUUGAGCCUCUCUAUCCAUUCCUCAAUCCAUGUCUCUGUUAUUAUAAAGGUAACAACUCUGCCCCUCUGAUCAUCUCACCUGUCAAUCAAACAGACUAGGACCUUUGUUUGAUAGUAAAAUUAUCCAACGACCAAAACAACUAAUGCUGUUUCCUGAAUUAGAAUCUCUACCAUGUGAGAUCUGAGAGAACUGUAUUCAUAUCUUACUGCUGUCAUAUAACAAGGAGUAAUUCAGUAGGAAGUGAACCCUGACUAUUAUAAAUGAUAACCCAUUCUAAAUUAUUAGAUAACAUUAUAUUCUUAAUUGUCUGUUUUCUCCAGUCUUUUAAGGUUUACUGUUAAUGGUUGCAGUCAUGUAUAGCAUGGUCUCAGGAUUGAUGUGUAUUUCAUAAUCAUCUAAACAUUAUUGUUAGUUUAUACUUCGGAAUCAUGAAUGACAACAUAAUCAAAUGUAAAAAUACUUUUCUGCUGUUAAUAAAAAUGGAAACACAGCUGACGAGUCAAUGACUGUUAAUGUCCACCAUACAACAACCCAACAUGUGUAAGACAAAGAUCACAGUUACUACAUGUCCAGACUCUCCCCGUGUGUGUGAGUA